AUGAAUAAUCUUAGCAUCAACGUAUAUGGUAUAGAGUCAGAAUUUACGGAUAAUUUAGAUAGUAUUGAGUCAAUCCAUCAUUUUACAUGGAUACAUAAUCUUUCUGGAUUAAUUAAAAGUCAAAUAUCUCUAGGUAAACACAAAUUGUACUUUUGCGAUCGUUGCUUGAAUCAUUUUAAACUUAAAAAAUGUUAUGAAGAUCACCGAGUAGAUUGUUUCAAAUCUAACAAAGUUCGUAUGAACUUUCCUAAUGAAAAAAAUCGAAUUUUAAAAUUCAAAGAUUUUAAUUCUAAAGAUACUGUACCGUUUGUAGUUUACGCGGAUCUAGAAUGCAUACUCGAACCCCCGGGAGAUGAUGAAAAGAUAGUUCAUAAACAUGUUCCACACAGUAUUGCUUACUAUGUACAUUGUAGCUAUAAUAACACACUAUCGAGAUUUGAAUUAAACCGUUCUCCUGAUUGCAUCAACUGGUUUGUUAAACAAUUAGAGUCAUUAGCUCUAGACUUUGAAAAAAUUCUAAAGAACCCUAUCAAAAUGAAACCUCUUACCAAAGAGCAACAAGAUAGGCAUAAUCAGUCAACUGUUUGUCAUAUCUGUGAAAAACCGAUUACUUCCGCUUCUGAUAAAAUCUAUGAUCACUGCCAUUUUACAGGUAAUUACAGAAAUGCAGCUCAUAAGUCAUGUAACGUUAACUAUCAGAAAUCCACUAUUAUUCCCAUUGUCUUUCAUAAUUUAUCCGGUUACGAUUCACACUUCAUUAUUAAAUCUCUAGCCACACUAUUUGAAGGAGAAGUUUCAUUAUUACCUAUUAAUAAAGAGCGAUACAUUUCGUUCACAAAAAACGUUAAAAAUACUUCAGUCUCUUUAAGAUUUAUUGAUUCAUUCAGAUUUAUGGCUUCAAGUCUAGAAAAAUUAGCUUCAUACCUUGAUGAUACCGAUAAGAAAAUUACACAAUCUCACUACCCUGACCCUAGCAAAUUCAAAUUAGCAACACGUAAGGGUGUAUUCCCAUAUGAAUACAUCGAUAGUAUUGAAAGACUUGAUGAAAAACAGUUACCUGAUCAAGAUUCAUUUUUUUCAAAAUUAACCAACUCUACUAUUUCCGAUGAUGAUUAUACGUUUGCUCAAGUAGUCUGGAAUGAGUUUAAUAUCAACACGCUUGGAGAGUAUUCAGAUCUAUAUUUAAAAACAGAUGUACUUCUCUUGGCUGAUGUUUUUGAAAACUUUAGACACAGUUGCUUCAAAACAUACAAUCUAGAUGCACUUCAUUUUUAUACGGUUCCCGGUCUAUCAAACUCAGCAAUGUUAAAACAUACCGGUGUGGAACUUGAACUAUUGACUGAUCCCGAAAUGCUUCUUUUCAUUGAAAAGGGUGUUCGCGGAGGGGUAUCGAUGUGUGCUAAUAGGUAUGCCGAAGCUAACAACCGGUACAUGGGUAGAGAUUUUGAUUCAAGCAACCCUGAAACCUAUUUAAUGUACUAUGAUGUAAAUAAUUUGUAUGGUGCAGCAAUGAGUAUGUCACUGCCAAAGGGUAAAUUUGAAUGGGUUGAAGAGGUAGAUAAUGUAGAUCAGUUUUUCAAUGAUGAUGAAAGUGUAGGCUACAUCCUUGAAGUAGACCUACACUAUCCUGAGAAAUUACAUGAUCUACAUAAAGAUUUGCCUCUCUGCCCUGAACAUUUUAUACCACCCGGUAGUAAGCAACAAAAACUAACAACAACAUUGUAUGAUAAAAAUAAUUAUGUAAUACAUUAUAAAAACUUAAAACAAUGUUUAGAUUUAGGUCUAGAACUUAAGAAAAUACACAGAGCCUUGAAAUUUGAGCAGUCAGACUGGCUCAAAUCAUAUAUUGAUAAAAAUACUGAGUGUCGAAAGCUUGCUAAAAAUGAUUUUGAGAAAAAUUUUUACAAGUUGAUGAACAACGCGGUAUUCGGAAAAACAAUGGAAAAUGUUCGUAAAUACAAAGAAGUUUGGUUAAGAACAAAGUGGGAGGGGCGUUAUCAGGUAUCAGACCUGAUUUUUAAGCCAACUUUCCACAGUGUUACUAUAUUUGAUGAGGAUAUGGCUAUAAUUGAAAUGAAAAAAGCUAAAGUUUUAUUUAAUAAGCCAAUCUAUGUAGGCUUCAGUAUAUUAGACUUAUCCAAGACUUUUAUCUACGACUUCCAUUAUAAUUAUGUAAUAAAAAAUUAUGAAACGACAUCUAAAUUAUUGUAUACUGAUACAGAUAGUCUUAUUUACCAAUUUAAUGUACCGAAUGUAUAUGAAGACAUCAAACGUGAUAUCUCAAGGUUUGAUACCUCCGACUACCCGCCCCAAAAUGUCUUCAACAUGCCGUUGGCAAACAAAAAGGUCCUGGGGCUCAUGAAGGACGAGAACAACGGAAAAAUCAUGUCCGAAUUCGUGGGUCUCAGGGCCAAGCUGUAUGCCUUCGAGAUUUAUAAUCCUGAAAAGGAAAAGGACAGGAUCAAGAAACGGGCAAAGGGUGUUGGAGGAUCAGCCUUGAAGACAAUUACGUUUGAUGACUUCAAACGGUGUCUGUUUGAAAACGUAUUGUUAAGAAAAGAGCUGUACAUGAUAAAAAGUAAAAAACAUCAAGUACAUACAAUAAAGCAGGAGAAACUUGCUCUCAGUUGGGCUGAUGAUAAGCGCCAAUUAAUCGAGGCCAGCACAGACACUGUACCUUGGGGGUACAAAGGCCCAAUAUUAUAA